UAGUGAAAACCUAUUUCUUUGUUCUUUUUCUCAUUUCAAUCCUUGUUUGUUGUUUUGCUUUUUCAUCUUUAUUCAUUCUUUCAAAUCACACAUCAUUCUAACAAGACAAUAACAUCACUUUAACCUUCUUCAACAAUCAUAUUCUCUCCCCCUUUGUUUUCAACCAUUCAUUUAACCUUUUCCUAACAAAUUUCAAUUGUUAUUAUGGUUCAAAGAAACCUAGAACCUUGUCUGCAUCUUUCUGAUUACAAGCUCAAACAUGGUUUCAGUGGCUACAAAGCCAUUCAAAAGCUACUUGUUAGUUCUCCAAUUGGGAGAACCAGUUUGAAGAAACCUAGUUUAAGAAUACCCAGAUGUGGUUUCUGUAAUGGGGUGUGUGAAAAGAGGGUUUUUUUAUGUUUGAUUUGUUCUUCAUUCUCUUGUUUGGAUCACACCCUUUUGCAUCCAAAAGCUGAAACUGGUCAUGAUUUGUUUGUGGAUGUAGAAAGGGGUGAACUUUUUUGUGGGUUGUGUUGUGAUCAAAUUUAUGACCCUGAUUUUGAUCAAGUUGUGAUGGCUAAACAUUCAGUGGUUUUGCCACAAGGUGUUGUUAUUGGGAAUGAGAGUAUUGGGCAGAGAUUGAUUAAGAGAAGAAGAUUGGUUUCUGGGGUUGGGUUGUAUUUGAGUGAUAAAUCUAAGUUUAGUUUUCCAAAAGAUUUGAGGGGUAAGUCUUGUUUUCCUGAGGGAUUGAGGGGUUUGAACAAUUUGGGUAGUACAUGUUUUAUGAAUUGUAUGUUGCAAGCAUUGCUACAUGCGCCUAUUUUCAAGGACUAUUUCUUGAGUGAUGGACAUAAUUCGGAGGAUUGUAAAAGAAGAACGGUGGAUCGGUUGUGUUUAAUUUGUGAUAUUAAUGCUGUUUUUUUAGCUAUGUAUUCGGGUAAUCGAAGUCCUUAUAGUCCUGCUCAGUUUCUCUACAGCUGGUGGCAGCAUUCAGCAAAUUUAGCGAGUUACGAGCAGCAGGAUGCGCACGAGUUUUUCAUUGCGAUGUUAGAUGCAAUCCAUGAGAAAGAUGACAUAACAAGAAACGGAAGCAAAGGUAAUGGUGGAGACUGUCAAUGCAUUGCUCAUAAAGUGUUCUAUGGGCUAUUGAGAUCGGAUGUUACUUGUAUGGCUUGUGGAUUCACCUCAACAACCUAUGAUCCAUUUUUGGACAUUUCACUUAACCUCGACAUCCAUAUCUCUUUGGCCGAAAAGGGUAAAAAACUUACGAAACAAAAUGAGGACGACAACAUGUCUACGCUUCUCGGUUGUUUGGAUUUGUUCACUAGGCCAGAGAAAUUGGGGCCGGACCAGAAACUUUACUGCCAAAAUUGCCGGGAAAGGCAAAACUCAUUGAAACAAAUGUCUAUUAGAAAGCUCCCUCUAGUAAUUACUUUGCACGUUAAACGAUUUGAGCAUUCUUUCGUUAAGAAUUUGUCGAAAAAGAUUGAUCGCUACCUACAAUUUCCAUUUUCCUUGGACAUGACUCCAUAUUUGUCUUCUACUAUUCUUAGAGCUAGAUAUGGAAAUAGAAUUUUUAACUUUGGAGGUGAUGAAUCAGAAUCAUUUUCCAAGUUCGAGAUUUUUGCAGUGGUGACACAUUCGGGGACGCUCGAGUCUGGCCAUUAUGUUUCUUUUGUAAGAUUAAGGAAGCAAUGGUAUAGAUGUGACGAUGCUUGGAUAACCGAGGUUGAUGAGGCAGUAGUCAGAGCUUCACAAUGUUACAUGAUCUUCUAUGUGCAAAAGACUUUGUUCAAUAAUGCAAAUGAAGAUCUUAGUCAUCUUCCAAACUCACCCGGAAGAGAGGUGUUUAUUCCUAUUGCUGGUUGCUGCUAGAGAUGAUAUUAAUGAGAGAGUACAUGGCAUCAAAUGGAAUCGAAAACGAAGGCCGAGUCGUUGCUCAGUGAGAGAGCCCUUGCGGAUAUGGAUAUGACAAUGAAAAGCAAGGUUAGUCAUGUGUAUAACUCAUUAACUGAUUAUAAUGAGAGUUGUUCAAUAACCAUUGCUAUUUGCUACUCUUGUGUCUCCACCACUAAGGGAAGUACAUGGAGAAAAAAAGAAAAAUCAAGGGGCAAAAACAGGGUUAUGCGGGUUAUGCGGAUGAAUGGUUGUUUCUAAUUUUUGUUUGAAGGACCUUUACCUUGAGAGUGCAAAUUUGAGGUUGCUUCAUUGGUGCAUAAUAGACAAGGGUGUUGAUGAGGACCUAUUCAUUUAUUUAAGGAAAAUGCUAACCAGUGCCCUCAGGGCAAUGGUUAAGCAUUCCUAAAUAGUAAUUUUAUCUCAAUAAUUUGGGUAUUUAAUGUCUUGGAAAUUGAAAUAUUAAAAUUUCUAUAAAAUAUUUUUUUUUUUAGGAAUGCUUAACCAUUGCCUGGUUAGCAAGACCCUUUAUUUAAUGGUGAUGUGAGAAAUAUAAUGGAUCUAACUUUUUUUUGAAACAUUCAAUGUUGGUAUAUAAAUUUAUUGGUUUACGCAGGAGGUCAAAGCCGUUUUUGAGGUCGUGUUAGACAGACUACCACAUAAGAUUUAAAGUUUGUCACGAUUAAACCGUGAUUAAAUAAGGUCUCAUAAAAUAAUUGUCCCAGUUAAAUUUUAGAUAAAUAUGAUCUAUAUUUCUUUUGUUAUAAUUAAAAUUGUGACUAAUCUGCAUAAGACUUUCAAAAUCUUGAAACAACUUCGCCGAAGGUGAGAAUUGAAUCUAAAACCACCCUAUCACCCUGUUCUUUAACUUUUCUACUUCUUCCGUCCCGAAAUUAACUUUAUAUCUCCCUAUUAUGGGUCUAGCUUAAAAGGCAUGGCUAUGUGAAAAUUACUACUGGUCACUGUUGCUGCAACUACUUAAUUAAUAUGUUCUAUUGAAGUUAAAGAAAUUAGUUCAUUUAUAAUAGGAUGCUUAUAAUUUACUCAUCUAGACAUUCAAAAGUGGAGAACAAAAUGGUGAUUCAAAUGGGUGAAAAUGAAUUAUUUCAUUCAAGAUAUUUGACUCUUUCAUUUUGAAAUGUGCCGUUUUUAUAAUUGAAUGAUUUUAAGUUUAGGGUUAAUGGACAGAGAUGACAAACGUGCAUGUCUGUCCCAUUUAGGUUCGUCUCAUAAAAGUCCGCAAAAAAAUAGGGUGGGACACACAUGCAUAAUUAAGAAUGUGAGUCUAAAACUUAGGUG